CUAUGGUUUCUCUCUCUGAACUGGGUUCCUUCUUGUUUUUGCUUCUGUAUCUUGCGCUUUAGGAUUGAUGGCGAUCAUAACAGAGGAGCAAGAGCCAGAUUCACCCAAAAGGCAGAAUAUUUCUGAGCCCCCAAAACCUACUUCUAGUUCUAGUCAAAACCCAAAGCCGCAGACUGAAAACCCAUUUGCAUUUUGGUUCUACUUCACUGUCACUGUGUCUCUCAUCACCCUUCUGUUUAGCUUUCAUUCCUCCCUCUCUUCAGAGGACCCAAAAUCGUGGUUUCUUUCACUGCCCGGUUCACUUCGCCAGCAUUACUCAAAUGGUCGCAUCAUUAAGGUUCAAACGGGUCCAAACCAAUCGCCAAUUGAGGUAUUUUUUGUUGAACAUGGUGCUUCAGUAGCAGAGAAUGUUGUUAUUGUACAUGGGUUAGGUUUAAGUUCCUACUCUUAUCGUGAUAUCAUUCGAUCCUUGGGGUCAAAAGGGGUUCGCGUGGUUGCUGUUGAUUUGCCUGGAAAUGGGUUUUCAGACAAAUCAAAAGUAGAGAUUGUGGAAGGAGAGGUAGGGGUUUUAGGGAGGCUUAGACAGGCUUAUGAUUUGAUUCAAGAAAAGGGUGUCUUUUGGGCAUUUGAUCAAAUGGUUGAGACUGGACGGGCACCUUAUGAGGAGAUUGAGUCUCAACUUUUAAAAAGAAAGAGUGUUAAAGUGAUUGAAUUGAGUAGUGAAGAGAUGGGUAAGGUUUUGGGACAAGUAAUUGAGGCACUAGGUUUAGCUUCUGUGCAUUUGGUGUUGCAUGAUUCUGCUUUGAAUAUGGGUGCAAGUUGGAUUUUGGAUAAUUCAAGGUCUGUUAGGAGUGUGACACUUAUUGACACUGGAUUAAGAUCAGCUUUGCCUUUGUGGGCUUUGGAUAUACCUGUGAUUAGAGAGGUCAUUUUGGGGUUCUCAUUUGCCUACUCGAGAUUGAUAGGCAUGUGCUGCACAAAGGAGAUUGGUUUUUCAGAGUUGGAGGCACAUCGAGUACUUUUGAAGGGAAGGGGUGGUAGGAAGGCAGUUGUUGGGAUGGGGAAGAGGCUGAAUUAUAGCUUUGACGUAGCAGAAUGGGGUGCUUUGGAUGGGAUUAAAGAUAUUCCAAUGCAGUUGCUUUGGUCUAGUCAUUGGUCCAAUGAAUGGACUGAAGAGGGGCGAAGGGUGGCUGAGGCACUCCCACAGGCAAAAUUUAUUGCGCAUUCUAGUGGGCGAUGGCCUCAGGGAAAUGCUACUGAUGAACUAGCUGAAACAAUUGCCCAGUUCAUUUCUUCAUUACCAAAAUCAGUCAGACAAGUUGAGGAAGAGCCAAUCCCCGAGCAUAUUCAGAAGAUGUUGGAUGAAGCGAAGGCGACCGACCAUCACCAUGAUCACCAUGAUCACCAUGAUCACCAUCAUCAUGGUAAUGGUGGCCAUGGUCAUCAUGGUAGCCAUGCACAUCCUCAGGGUGGGGGUUAUAUGGAUGCAUAUGGGCUUGGUCAUGGAUGGGGUAGUUGAUCGUUCUCUUUUUAAUGAAUGGCAGUUAAUAUACCCAUGUCUUUUCUGUCUAGUGCUGCUACUGUGAUAUCUACUGCUGCUUGGAGGAUUUUUCAGUGUUGUAACAUUAAAAUCUUUCUUAUUAAGGAAGGAUAUAGAGCUCUGUUUUUCCUUUUUAUUUGUUUCAAAGAAUUAACGCGAGCAGUGGUC